AUGUGUGUGCUAUUCUUUCUAUCUGGAGGAUUGUCUGUGAAUGAUGGUGCAUCAGGAAGAAAUGUAUUAGGAAACUGGAGCUUGGUCUCUUCAAGUGGGUGCGGGCUCGUUAACACCAGCCAUGGUGUCUAUGCUAACUGCCAAUGGCGUGGUCUUCAAUCUAUUCCUCAGGACCUUCCACACAACACAAUAUCACUUGAUCUCAACUACAACCUCAUAAGAACCCUCUACAAUGAUUCUUUUACCUAUCUUCCAGACAUCAUCACACUUAUACUCAAAGACAAUCAGAUCACGUUGAUAGAAGAUGGCACCUUUCAGCCUCUGGGUAAUCUCAAAGAACUAACACUGGAGAAUAACAAAUUAAUGUAUCUACCAACAGGUUUGCUUCAUGCCAAUAAACUUCUAUCAGCUCUCAGCCUUCGUAAUAACAAACUGACCUCAGUCCCUACAGAUUCUUUGCCAUGCUUUCCAAAGAUACAACUCAUACAUUUAAAAGAUAACAUGCUGAGCUCUAUUCCAGAGUUUGUGUUUUGGGACUUAAGUGGGAAUUACCUUGAUAUGUUAGAUGCAGGAACUUUCAAACCCUUAAAGAGACUUGAAAUGUUGUUCCUUUCUCAGUCAGCUAUUAAAGUACUAAUACCUGGUGUCUUUGACAGCCUGACUUCUCUCAAAACACUUGAUCUUAGCAACAAUGAUAUCUCAUCAGUUUCUGGAAACCUAUUUAUAAGUCAGACUCAGCUUCAUGUUUUGAAAAUAAACUCAAACAAACUUUAUUCGAUUCCUAUAUCUCUUUUCAAGAGAACCCAAAACCUGUACAAACUUUACAUGGAAAAUAAUAAAAUCUCCAAAAUAGAGCAAGGAACAAUAUUUCCUAUUAACAUCACAAUGGAUGUUUCUGGAAAUCCAUUCACCUGCACAUGUGAGUUGAGCUGGUUUGUGAAGUGGCUCCGUUCAAGCAAUAGUGAACUCAGUCAUCCCAAUGACACGCUGUGCUCACGUUCUUCCUUCAAGGACAUGGUGAAAUCACCAAUCCUGUCAUUUGAUCCUGAUCAAUACUGUGGAAUCAAUAUCCUCCUAAUAACAAGUGUGUCUUUGACAGCUCUUCUGGUUGCAGCUUUUGCCUUGUUUGCAUACUGGAAACGAUGGUGGUUCAACUACAAGGUGUUCCUUCUUAGACUAGCCAUCUGUGGCUACAAGGAAAUGGUCCAGGACUUUGAGGACCAGGACUAUGAAUUUCAGCUCAACCUGAUGUACCAAGAGGAAGACCAGGAAUGGGUGGAUGAUGUCAUGAAGCCAGUUUUACAGGAAAGGUUUCCACAUCUUGAUAGAGUGGUCUAUGGUGACGAUGACCUCCACCUCGGGAUGUUCUACAUCAAUGCUCUCCAUUAUGCUGUUGAGAACAGUUUCAAGACUGUCCUCCUGCUAAGCAACAAUUCUGUGCGUGAAGCUUGGUUUAUUACCAAGGUACGUAUAGCCCUUGAAGAACUAAAUGACAGCAGACUGGACAAGAUCAUACUGUUUUUCCUGGAGGAUAUCAAUGAUGAUGAUCUGCCAUACCUGGUCCGACUAUUCCUUAGUAAGGACAAACCUUAUAUGUUGUGGACAGAUGAUGAAGAUGGCCAGGAACUAUUCUGGGCUCAGUUUGAGAAGAGUAUGAGAGCAAAUAGGGAACUCAAUAGUGUUAUCCCUAUAUGA